GAUGAACCGACCGUACAAUUCACCAAUAUCAAAGAGCUCUUCCAGGCAAUCGAUCGCGUUUCUGGUGAUCAUCUCGUCGUUACAGGUGUUUCGCAUGCCGCAUAUCAAGAAAUCGGACGAAAACGAACCCCUCGCAAAUUUCGCUUUCAUUACCGCGCCAACAUAGGCAUCUUGAUCGUAACAGUUCCAACUCGGAUACACGAAGCACUCCACAGGGGGAUUUACAACGCCUUGCUAUUUGAGCUUUCCCGAAGAGGGAUAGAGAGCAGUUGGUGUGAUAUUGGCGCUUCAACCUAUCGAGGCAGAGGAAAUGACAGAGACGAUCGUGGGGAAGCCGACUCUGCUGGCGAUCCUGACCCGGAGCGUGCCUCUCUCGGCGGUUGGCCCACACUUGUUGCUGAGGCUGGAUUCUCUCAGUCUUUAACCCGGUUACGCGCGCGGAAAGAUUGGUGGUUCUCGGCGUCCGAUCAUCAGGUUAAGAUUGUUCUUCUGGUCAAGUUUGGUCACCAAGAUCGUCCCGAGAUCUUGAUCGAGAAGUGGGAAGAAGAACCACGAGAUGAUCGACCAGGCGUUACAACAACACGAUUUGCUGCUGUCCUACAGUCUCGAUUACGGCAGUCUAUCACUAUUACCCGGGACACGGCUAUGAACAUGGUAUCGUACCAAGUUGCUAGAGGCCCCUUGGUCCUAUCAUUCAGGUUGUUGUUCCUCCGAAAUCCAAGCAUCCAAGAGGGUGGGGAUAUCAUUAUUACGUUUCCUCAGUUGGUGGAAUAUGCACGUCGUACUUGG